CCAUGUGGCACUCACCAGUCCCGGAGACGAAGACGUUGUGCCCACGGAAUCCUGGAAGCUUUUGGUUCAAGGCUGCUUCUUCUUCUUCUGAUGCUGUUUUUACGCAGCCACACAGCAAAGCUUGAGGAACAAAUAUGGCGACGAAGCUCACCACUUGCUUUCUUUGCUGCAAUUUAAGUCACCUCAGCUGUAAUCACUCUAAUGCAGUUCGCUUUUCCUUGCCGUCGCAUCGGUUUCUCACUGCUUCCUGUAGAAUGCGACAGCGUAAUCUCAGUUCCCAGCACAAAAAGCAACAGAUCAAGAAAGCUUCUCAUCAACCCCCUCCCACUGAGGGAGAUCUCCAUCCAAGUGAAGAUGAGGACUCUGAGCUUAGAAAGGUUUCUUUGGAUGGCAUACCAAAUUUGAACGAGGAUAUCCUAGACGCUGACACUGAUACGGCUAGUGACAGUGGAGAUCAUAUCGAGUAUAUUGACGUGGAGAAUUUGAAUAAUCCUGUUGUACUAGCUGAACCAGCACCUUUGGCUGAGCAGUUGCCAGGUAGUCAAGUCAAGGAUUUGUUAGGCUUGAUAAGAAGUGCAGAGAGAAACAUCAAUCUUUUAAACCAAGCCAGAGUUCAUGCAAUUGGAGACCUUGAAAAGGUUCUAUCUGAGAAGGAAGCAUUGCAAGGAGAAAUGAACUUGUUGGAGAUGAGGUUGGCGGAGACUGAUGCACGGAUUAAAGUUGCCACCCAGGAGAAGAUACGUGUGGAAUACCUGGAGAACCAGUUAGAGAAGCUAGGUAACGAGAUGACUCGCAAGGGAAUUACUGAAGGAAGAGGCACGGAAUUGCAUGAUUCACAGUACUCUCUGACCCUGGCUGAUACAAUUCAUUCUCUUACUGAGGAGCUUAGCUCAUUGAGAGCAGAAAAUGCCUCACUAAAGAAUGUCAUUGAAUCACUGAAAGAAGAGCUUAAUGAUGUCAAGAAUACAGGUGAACGUUUAGUAAUGUUGGAAAAGGAACGCACAACUUUGGAAUCUGCUGUAAAAAACUUGGAAGCAAGAUUGUCAGUUUCUCAAGAAGAUGUAUCAAAACUAUCCACCCUAAGAGUUGAAUGCAAGAAUUUAUCAGAAAAAGUUGAAAAUUUGCAAUCGUUACUUGAUAAGGCAACAAGGCAAGCUGAUCAAGCUACAAUAGUUUUGCAAGAAAAUCAGGACUUGCAAAGAAAGGUAGAUAAACUGGAACAAUCCCUUGAAGAAGCUAGUGUUUAUAAGCUGUCAUCAGAUAAAUUACAAAAAUAUAAUGAACUAAUGCAACAAAAGAUAAAGCUGUUGGAAGAUCAUAUUCAAAAGUCAGAUGAAGAGCUGCAGUCUUAUGUUCAGUUGUAUCAUGAGUCAGUGAUGGAAUUUCAAGACACAGUUAAUACUCUAAAAGAAGAAAGCAAGAGAAGAGCACUAAAUGAACCAGUGGAAGAUAUGCCAUUGGAAUUUUGGAGUCACUUGUUGCUUAAAAUUGAUGGUUGGUCCCUUGAAAAGAAAAUUUCAACAGAUGAUGCUAUGUUAUUAAGAGAAAAGGUGUGGAAGAGAGAUAGGGGUAUUCGGGAUACCUACAUGGCUUGUAAAGAGCAGAGUGAGCAGGAGGUUAUUUCUGCAUUUCUUAGGCUUACAUCUUCUGCAACAAGUUCAGGAUUAUAUGUGAUUCAGAUUGCAGUAGAGAUGGCACCAGUAGCUAAGGUUGGUGGUUUGGGGGAUGUUGUCUGUGGUCUCAGUAAAGCCUUGCAGAAGAAAGGACACCUUGUUGAAAUUGUUCUUCCCAAAUAUGAUUGCAUGCAGUAUGAACACAUCCAAGGGCUAAGGGCUUUAGAUGUAGAGAUAGAAUCAUACUUUGAUGGUCAACUAUUUAAAAAUAAAAUCUGGGUUGGCACUAUUGAAGGGCUUCCUGUUUAUUUCAUUGAACCCCAUCAUCCUAAAAAGUUCUUUUGGAGAGGCACAUUUUACGGAGAGCAUGAUGAUUUCAAACGCUUUUCAUUUUUUAGCCGUGCAGCUCUUGAAUUUCUCCUUCGUGCCGGCAAGAAACCUGACAUUAUUCAUUGCCAUGAUUGGCAAACAGCUUUUGUAGCUCCUUUAUAUUGGGAUCUUUACGCUCCUAGGGGUUUAAAUUCAGCCAGAAUAUGUUUUACAUGCCACAACUUUGAGUAUCAAGGCACUGCACCUGCUUCAGAAUUGGGAUCAUGUGGUCUAGAUGUUGACAAUCUAAACCGACCAGACAGAAUGCAGGACAACUCAGCGCCUGAUAGAGUCAAUGCAGUCAAGGGGGGAGUUGUUUUCUCUAACAUUGUGACAACAGUGUCGCCUACCUAUGCCCAAGAGGUGCGAACUGCAGAGGGAGGACGAGGUCUCCAUUCAACCCUUAAUUUUCACUCCAAGAAGUUCAUUGGUCUCUUAAAUGGUAUCGACACUGAUGCGUGGAACCCUGCAACUGACACAUUUCUUGAAGUCCAGUAUAAUGCAAAUGAUCUUCAAGGGAAAGCAGAGAAUAAGGAAGCCAUAAGAAGGAAACUGGGUCUUUCUUCUGCGGAUGCUCGGAGGCCAUUGGUGGGCUGCAUAACAAGAUUGGUGCCACAGAAAGGUGUCCAUCUGAUUAGACAUGCAAUAUAUCGAACGUUGGAGCUGAGAGGACAGUUUCUUCUUCUUGGUUCAAGUCCAGUCCCGCAUAUUCAGAGAGAGUUUGAGGGCAUUGCCAACCAGUUUCAGAAUCAUGACCAGAUACGGUUGAUAUUGAAGUAUGAUGAGUCUCUCUCGCAUGCCAUUUAUGCUGCAUCUGACAUGUUCAUCAUUCCAUCAAUCUUUGAACCUUGUGGGCUAACACAGAUGAUAUCAAUGAGAUAUGGUGCCAUCCCCAUUGCCAGAAAAACUGGUGGUCUAAAUGACAGUGUUUUUGAUGUUGAUGAUGACACAAUACCUUCCCAGUUCCGAAAUGGAUUUACAUUUUUGAAUGCUGAUGAGCAGGGAUUAAACGGUGCAUUGGAACGCGCAUUUGACCUCUACAGGAACAAUCCUGAGAGUUGGCAGAAGCUUGUUCAGAAGGACAUGAACAUAGACUUCAGCUGGGAUUCUUCAGCUGCUCAAUAUGAGGAACUCUACUUAAAGGCUGUAGCUAGAGCAAGGGCAGCAGCAAAACGUGCUUAAACUAAUCUCUUAUUCAUUCUCACUUCUGAAGCAAAAACUGGCUGUAAGUUUCAAAUCUUUUAUAUAUAGUGAUGAAAUCUCAGAUUUAAUUGCUUGAUGGUUGCUAAAUAAUGAAAAGGAUCUAGCCGAUUGAGGACAAUUGGCUUGGAUGAACACGUUAGCUCGAGAAUGUAUAUAUUGAAUGGGUCAUGGUUGGGACAUGUAUAGCUGCUGAAACUGUGCUCGUCUGGUUCCUCGUUUUGCAUUGGGCUGGGAUCCUUUGGGUUGAUCAAUGAGCAUCCUGUCAUGAUGAAUACUACUAGAUUGUGCUUUGAAGUCAUGUACGCCUUGCAAGAUUCUGACUUUUUUUUUUGCCCCCAUUCUUUCUUUUUUGUUCUUCAACAUUCGAGAGUGUAUAAAAAUUUCUACAUGUAAAGCCUUACAACGAAAUUAAUAGAAAAUAUUUUCUGCUAUAGCAUGUUA